CUGCAUUUGCCUUGCAUUGCUUAAUUUUAUCCCUUAUUGUUAUCAUGUUAUAUUUUAUGCAGAGCGAGUGGGCAACAGAAUGAAACUAAACUUCCUUCUACUGUUUCCUUUUGGAGAAAACCAAUCAAAAAUGAAUAUCGUGUAAAGAGGGCAAACAAUAUUCCAUCACAAUGGUAAUGGUAAGGACCUGGAUUGAGCCAGUGGUUGCAACAGCCCAACUGUCCUACUCUUUCUACGACACAGGUCUGCUUAUGGUGGUGCAGGGCUACUAUAACCGGACUAACUCAACAAGUAACAGUUCGAGUGAGGAUACUUUACAAAAAUCCAUUUCAAAUUUCUACAUAAUCUACAACCUUCUCACAAAACUGACCCCUUUCCUGUCCGCUUAUAUAGUGACAAAGCUUGGAGACAAAAUACACAAGAAGAUUACUCUUUGUCUUCCUCUGACAGGAUAUCUGGUAUCUACCUUGAUAUUUCUUUUCUUGAUUCUAUGGGAUUGGCCAAUACAGGUGAUCUUUGGAUCUGGUGCAUUCAUUGGUUUAACUGGCGGAUUCCCAGCAUUCUGGUCUGGAGUCAUGGUUUGGGCAUCACUGAGUUCAUCUGAGAGCCAAAGGUCCAUACGGCUUAUUGCAAAUGAAUGUGUGUUUGGGAUAGCAGGUUUUGCGGGCAGCUUAAUAUCUGGGCAUAUCUUUAAUGAUCUUCAAUUUGGAAACCACCAAGGGGUUGUUCUAGUCACCUGUAGCAUAAUAGGUUAUACGUUGUGCCUUAUAUAUAGUAUAUGUGUUUUGAGAAUUCCUUGUUCUAAAGAGUCAAACAUAACAUCUUCUGCAUCACAUGAGAACAAAGACAAAGCUAUUCCGGAAAGCCAACAGGACAAUAUUGAAUAUACCGAGAGCAGUAGUUUGAUCAAUGCCCAGUCCAGUGAAUCAUUACCAGAUAAGCCAAAUAAUGUUUCUAGAAAAAGUCCUGUCUCCAAGGUCCUCAUUUUCCUCCUUUUCAUUAGUGCUGCCCUAUACAAUUCAUCAGUAAAUGGUGCAGAAGAUGUGAUUAGUCUGUUUGUACUAAAGGAGCCUCUAAGAUGGGGACAGGUAGAAGUGGGCUAUGGAAAUGCAGCAGCCUAUAUGAUAUUUGUUACAAGUUUUCUGGGAGUUAUUGUUCUCUCCAAGUGUUUCAGUGAUCUGAGCAUGAUCGUAAUUGGAAUGUUCUCAUUUGCUGCUGGAAUUAUGACAAUGGCCUUUGUUUCUCAGAGUUUCAUGUUUUACAUUGGUAAGUAAUUAGAAAGAACAUAACUAUAUGAUAUUUACAACAAUAUGUACAACUAUCUAACGUUCAUUUUUCUUCUGCUUGCUAUUUUAAUGCAUGUGUUUGACGAUGGUUGGGCAUUAUAGAUUACAGAUUAUAGCAACGUACCUUGCUUAUAUAUAGCAAUUUAUAUUUGGGAUUCCAAAAAUACAGUUUCCUUGUUAAAUUUAGAUACCGGGGCUUUCCUCUCUCAGCUGGGACCAGAAUUAGUAAGAUUGACAAUUAAAUAGUUACUUAAAAAGUGUCAAAAUACACUUGGGCAAAUAGCAUGUGAUUUCUACUACGUAAAUAGUGUCAAAAUAGCCUUGGCUAAAUAGAAUGUGAUGUAUACGUUAUAAAAUGAUAUACUUGUGUGGUCCAAUUUUGUUAUCUGAUGGAUAAUAAGCUUACAAGACAAACAUAGCAAAUUGUAAAAUCGUUUCAUAUUGAAAUUUUAUUCUACUUCUUGUAUUUUGUGAUUUAUAACUAACAAACGUAAACUGAAAUCCUAGGCAUAUGAUGUACUCUGAAAAUCAGGACAAAAAAGGGAUUUUAUUUUGAAUAAUGGUUCUUAAGCCGAACAAAAUAUGCACUGAUUUUUAUUACCAAAACUGUGAAAAGAUUUUUUUCUUAUGAUAAAUAAGAAUUUAUAUAUGUUUAUGCCACAUCAAUUAAAACCCUUUUUGUCUAUUGACUAUGAGGCCAACAACUUAAAUGGGUUUAAGCUGUUUUGAUGUAUAGAGUGUUCAAUCAAUUUUACUUCCAUUCCACUUGAAGAUGUUGGUUUACCAUAUCAACAAUACAAUUAUGUGUUUUAAAUUCCUUUUAGCUUCAACUAUGACAAAAUUCCCAUGGUAAAUAGGAGCAAACUCUUCCUGUUUUUCUACAGAUCAGAUAAGUGCCUGACAUCAGAAGAAUAUAUGUUGUUUGAUUACUGAAAACCUAGAUAAUUUUGUCCUAAAAAGGGAACAUAGACCAUAUAAUUAACAGUCAUAUACCUGUUACACUGUAGGUAGGCCCAUUGUAGGUCUAUAAAUUAAUGAAAAAAUUAAAAGUGUGAAUAUGAACCUUAAUAUCCUCUGAAUAAAUAGAAUGUUGUUGGUUAUUUAUAAUUGAAUUCCAAAAUCUAGGGUUACUCCUACCAAUAAAACAGUAUUUUAAUAAAGCACUAUUUUUGCAUUUGUACCCCUUACUGAAAUGUCUCCCACUUUAACCAAAUACCAGUAUAUAUUAAGAAACAAACAUUAAAAUUACCUACAAUCCACCUCAGGACCAUGUUUUAAUAUUUUUAUUAGUGAUAUUGCAGAAGGUCUUGAUGGUAAGGUAUGUCUUUUUGCUGAUAAUACUAAGAUAUGUAACAGGGUUGAUGUUCCAAAAGGGAUAAGCCAAUUGGCAAAUGAUUUAGGUAAACUAGAAAAAUGGUCAGAGUUGUGGAAACUGACAUUUAAUGUGGAUAAGUGCAAAAUAAUGCAUCUUGGACGUAAAAACUCAAGGGCAGGGUAUAGAAUAUUUGAUAGAGUCCUAACCUCAACAUUUGUAUCUCGUAGAGGUAUUGAUACUUUAGAGAGAGUUCAGAGAAGAGCUACUAAACUGUUUCAUGAAUUACAGAAUAAAACUUACGAGGAAAGGUUAAAGGAUCUUAAUUUGUGUAGCUUGGAGGAAAGACGAGACAGGGGGAUAUGAUAGAAACAUUUAAAUACAUAAAGGGAAUCAACACAGUAAAGGAGGAGACUGUAUUUAAAAUAAGGAAACCUACCACAACAAGAGGACAUAGUCUUAAAUUAGAGGGACAAAGGUUUAAAAAUAAUAUCAGGAAGUAUUACUUUACUGAGAGGGUAGUGGAUGCAUGGAAUAGCCUUCCAGCUAAAGUGGUAGAGGUUAACACAGUAAGGGAGUUUAAGCAUGCAAGCUAUUUCUAAAUAUAACUUAAAUGAAAAAAAUAAUAAUUAAAUGUGUCCAUAGUUUCAUUUGCGUUAUAACUAUUAAACAGUGAUUUUUGUGUUUGUGAUUUUUUUUGGGGAGGCAGUAGAGUGUCCCUUCGAAUGUUAAUCCAAGCACCAUAACCACUUCAGUCUUUUGUAGUGGUCAUGAUGCUUUGAGACAGAAUGUGCAGUAAACUGUCAAAGAUGAUAAUAAACAAAGGUAUAAAACUACAAUGUGACUUGAUACAUUUUUAGGUGUACUACAAAUCACACAGGAAGAAAAAUCCCUCAGAAAUCUUGUAAAAAAUAAAUUUAAAAAAGUCAAACAAAGUAUGCUACUGAAUUACUAGCCUCAUUCUUUUACAUAAGUCCACAAUAGUCAAAAAUCCAUUUAAGUGGCAAAACUUUGGCAAGUUAGUAAUGGAUAUAAAUUACUGUUGAGUGUUUGUAGACACUCCAGUUAAAGGGACACUAUAUUCACCUGAACAACUUUAGCUUAAUGAAGCAGUUUUGGUGUAUAUAACAUGCCCCUGCAGCCUCACUGCUCAAUCCUCUGCCAUUUAGGAGUUAAAUCCCUUUGUUUAUGAACCCUCCAGUUAAUAAAUGUUGGCUUGGCAUUGCACUAUGUGCUUCAUCUGGCCAGUUUCUACUCCUUGAGCAAAGUUCCAAAUGUUGAUAAUAGUCACUGGGUAACCAUUAAUUUAGGCAUAAAGAUGAACUCUCCAUCUCUCUCUUUAUGAAACUUUUAGUCUCUUAAGUACUCCCUGAAUGUCUAUGUCUAGGAAAAUAUUUACAAUAAAUAUGUUACAUAGUAACCUAGGUUGAAAAAAGACUAAAGUCCAUCAAAUUCAAGUGUGUGUGUUCUCAUGCACUCACACAGAAGAUAAUGAUUUAUUUAUUUAUUAGGUGGACGGCCCUGUUUAUGGCUGCUAUAACACUCCAGUUUGAUUUGCUCAACGUAUUAAUUGCAUUCAUAUUUGUUGGAAAAGGAGGAAUAAAAAAAGCAUUUAACAAGGACGAGCCUCAGACUUGUUUCAAUAUCUACUAACAGAUUGCAAUAGUGCAACUUUACUUUUAAAUUCAUUUUCUAAUAAUUUCAUCUAUACAUUGUGCUACCCAAAGCACAAAUGUUUGGAUUUCCUGGAAUCCAGAAAUAUAUCUACAAACAACCACUAAACAGGAAACUACAAAUGUUAGGUCAAACUAGAAAGGUCUCCAACUCAUUCCCUGUUUUUUUAGAUCUUAGCGUAAUAAAUAAAACUCCAAAGGGUUUACUUGUUUUUCUUAUUCGCAAGUCUGCCAAUUUCAUUCCAUAAAUACUCUCUGACAUUUAAUCCUGUUCCUUCAAUGCGGACACGGAAUAUGUUCAUUUUAAACAACAAUACACAUCAAUAGUAAUGGGUUUACAAUUGACAAUAAUAUUAUUUUAUCUCAAUUUUGUUUGGUGUUAUCAUGUUCCUCCUUUUGUUUAUUAUAGGAGAUACCAUAGUAUCCAUAGUAUACAAGUUGGGCUUCCAGCAGAUCAUGUCAAGUAGUAAAUGUCCCUAGGCAGAUAUUCAAUACUGGCUUGGCCAAAAAUAUAGACCAGUGAUGAUAAUGUCCUAUUUAACACGUUCAUUGUAAACAUUUAAAUUUAUACUUCUAGCAUGGGAUAGCACGUUGGUAGGCAACAUUUGACACCCCAGAUGUUGUGAAUUACAUCUCAAUUCAUGCUGCGCCAGCAUUAUGGCUGUAAGAACAUGGGUGGGUAGUUUACAACAUCUAGAGUGCUGAAAAUUGCCUACCCUUGGUAGUAUAUAGUGUAGUAUAGUAUGGUAUUGUAUAGUAUCAUAUGGUAUUUGAAACCAUGUGUAAAUCGUUAUGUGUUUUUGGUUAUUUUUCUGUCUUAUAUUUCAGCUCGAGUUGCAAUGAUAUUUUCUCUGAUACCAGUGCCGACAAUCAGAUCUAUGUUAUCCAAACGGGUUCAGGAAUCUUCAUACGGUGAGAAGCAAAUUUACAUCUCGGUGUCAUGUAGAUAUUACAUUCAAAGAAGGACAUAAUACUCCUUGUAAUGGCUCCCCGGGCAUAAAAGAGGUUAAAACCGUUUAGGCGAUAUUCCCUUUCCAGAUGCAAAGGCAUCUACUAAAUACACCAAUCCGCCGAACAGGAGAAACAAUACAAACGCUCCAAACCAUAUGAACGUUCCAAACAGUGGAACGGGAAAAACCAUUUGAAAGGUUUACACUCCCAAACAGGCAAUAGUAAAACCAUACGAAUAAUCCCCCCAAGUACGAGACGAGGCUCCAUAUUGAGGGUCAGCAGAUGAUCUGUUUAAUCUGGGCUACCUGCCCGGUAUUUAUGCAGGUCUCCCACCAGGUGGACACUCCUAUAAGGGACCUGGUGGGAAACUGGGACACAAAUUGUACAUUGACCAAUAGAAACAGUUUAACAGUAAACACUCCCACAUGCACAUUAUUAUCCCUCCUCUCUAUCCUGGAGAUAAUUGGGAAGUAACUCAAUUAUCUCCGAGGAUAGAGGCAAAUCUCCAUUUUACACAUGGUGAGGAAAACACAUAAAAUAUACAAUAUUACAACUACCGAACAGAAUAGAUACAUUCCCCAGAUAGCUUAGAUCUGAGCGCACAUUAUUACAAAAUGGUGCUCAGAUCACAUACAUGCAGUUCAAUCGCAUAGCUAUUUGGGGUAGCACUGUUCACAAAAUCAAAGUACCGAACGGCCCAACGUUCGUACAAACGAGACAGUAGAAGGGAGAUUGGCAGCUUCAGCGGUGUUCGUGUGAAAGUCAUAGCCGUUUCCAGUUCCAGGGAAUCGUCGACGAACAACACUGAGCAUUCGUCUGUUUAAGAUGGCUGCUGCCACGUGUUCGGCUAUACGAAUAACGGCCACCCAGCGUUCAUCAAUUAAGCUGCGGUUAACUGCAGGUGGUCCGGGCAUUCGUCUGUUGGUUCGGUAGAUUCAAUUUACCGAACGCCCUGGCAAAAAGGCAGGAACAAGCCUUUCUGCAGAGAUAAAUAAAGGUUUUUACAUGGGGGCCAUAAUCCUGGGGCAGCAGGUGGGCAACCAGGCUUCUCCAGAACAUAGUGGCGAUGAUGGUUUCGCCACACUCCUCUUCUAGAAAUGCAUCAAUAAGUUAUUUAAAGUGAGCCUAUGGGAUAAAUGUAGACACAGAGAAACCGGAUUAUGUAAAGAAUAUAAGCUUUAAUUUACUUUGUUCUGUGACAAAUAAUAAUUAUUUGACAAGUUCCAACUUUCAUUGAUCAGAGCUGUAGAAUUAGUUUGUACUGUAAAAACAAACGUAUACUAAUAGUAAUUAUAUGAUUUACUACUUGCCAUCUCUCCCUUCACAUUUACUUCUGUUUUUUUUCUCUAGGAAAUAUCUUUGUUGUACUCCAAAUGAUCCUAUCAGUCAUCGGUGUGAUGGCGUCAGCUGCAUUCAAUGCGAUUUACCAAGUUACAUUACAUUGGUUUAGUGGAUUCACCUUUAUUGUGAUCUUCAUCAUUGCAUUCAUAAGCUUUAUUCCCAUCAGGUAAUGUAAUGUUUAGAGCAGUACAUUCAGCUGGCCUAUCCAGCGUGUUGGUUUUCUUAGCCAUCCAGGCUUCUUCUUGCAUGGUUCUCUUUACUUUUAUACAGCUGGUACAAAAAUACAAUGUCAUAACCUUGUCUGUAAUACAGAGAACACCAACAGUGAGCUGUUCUACACACUAUCAAUUACCAACUAACAGCAUUUGAGAUGUGUUGCUGAACAGCUGUGUCCCCACUGCAAUUCAUACUAUUAAAGGGGAACUGCCACAUCCCAAUUUUUCUUUUUUCCUAUUAUGUUUACUUAUACCUGUAUAUGACCAAUAUGUAUUUUUAAAGGGGUGAAAAAAAAAAAGUUAAAUGAAGAAUGCCGUCAACUUGGUGCCUCCAUUUUGGCUUCCUGUCAUUCAUUUUAUUAGCUCUGUCUUAUACACCUGGCAGUCAGCAUAUAGAAAGCAUAAAGAUAGGAAAUUAAACAAUAUUUCAGCUUAGCCUUUCCGUUCCUAAACAAGAUAAUUACACAGUUGGCUAAAACUUUAAUAUAAAUGUAAAAUAAAAUAAAUACUUCUCAUGAAAAAUGAUUUACACAAGUCAGUAGCGGAACUAACGUACGUAUAAGAAUUCUUUUGGGCCCCCCCUAUUGCAAAAGCUAUAUCCCCAUCUGUCAUAAAACUCACACAAUGCUUUGUCAGCUGGGGAUCUACUAUUUGCCCAUCCUUACAGCAUUGCACUUAGCACUGAGCACUUUUUGUUUGAAUGUAAGCAAAUGUGAGUGGAUGUAGGGGUGUAUUUAGAAACAUAGAAACAUAGAAUGUGACGGCAGAUAAGAACCAUUCAGCCCAUCUAGUCUGCCCAAUUUUCUAAAUACUUUCAUUAGUCCCUAGCCUUAUCUUUUAGUUAGGAUAGCCUUAUGCCUAUCCCACGCAUGCUUAAACUCCUUUACUAUGUUAACCUCUACCACUUCAGAUGGAAGGCUAUUCCAUGCAUCCACUACCCUCUCAGUAAAGUAAUACUUCCUGAUAUUAUUUUUAAACCUUUGUCCCUCUAAUUUAAGACUAUGUCCUCUUGUUGUGGUAUUUUUUCUUCAUUUAAAUAUAGUCUCCUCCUUUACUGUGUUGAUUCCCUUUAUAUAUUUAAAUGUUUCUAUCAUAUCCCCCCUGUCUCGUCUUUCCUCCAAGCUAUACAUGUUAAGAUCCUUUAACCUUUCCUGGUAAGUUUUAUCCCGCAAUCCAUGAACCAGUUUAGUAGCCCUUCUCUGAACCCUCUCUAAGGUAUCAAUAUCCUUCUGAAGAUACGGUCUCCAGUACUGUGUACAAUACUCCAAGUGAGGUCUCACCAGUGUUCUGUACAAUGGCAUGAGCACUUCCCUCUUUCUACUGCUAAUACCUCUCCCUAUACAACCAAGCAUUCUGCUAGCAUUUCCUGCUGCUCUAUUACAUUGUCUGCCUACCUUUAAGUCAUCAGAAAUAAUCACCCCUAAAUCCCUUUCCUCAGAUGUUGAGGUUAGGACUCUAUCAAAUAUUCUGUACUCUGCCCUUGGGUUUUUACGUCCAAGAUGCAUUAUCUUGCACUUAUCCACAUUAAAUGUCAGUCGCCACAAUUCUGACCAUUUUUCUAGUUUACCUAAAUCAUUUGCCAUUUGGCUUAUCCCUCCUGGAACAUCAACCCUGUUACAUAUCUUAGUAUCAUCAGCAAAAAUACAUACCUUACCAUCAAGACCUUCUGCAAUAUAACUAAUAAAAAUAUUAAAUAGAAUGGGUCCAAGUGCAGAUCCCUGAGGUACCCCACUGGUGACAAGUCCAAGCUUCGAAUAUAUUCCAUUAACUACAACCCUCUGUUGCCUGUCACUCAGCCACUGCCUUACCCAUUCAACAAUAUUGGAAUCCAAACUUAAAGAUUGCAGUUUAUUGAUAAGCCUUCUAUGUGCAACAGUGUCAAAAAGCCUUACUGAAAUCUAGGUAAGCAAUGUCUACUGCACCACCCUGAUCUGUAAGUUACAUAGUUACAUGGCUGAAAAGAGACAUUUGUUCAUCAAGUUCAGCCUUUCAUCUGUUUUGUGCUUCCAAUUUUGCAACAAACUAAGAAAAAAAACACACCUUAUUGACCCCAGAAUGGCAGUCAGAUCUCUCCUUGGAUCAAGAAGCUUUUAUCCCACAAAGUAAAAAUAUUAUGUUUUUUGAAGUUAUUCAUCCAGUUGCUGUUUAAAAAUCUGUACAGAUUCUAAUAAAACCACCCCUUGAUGCAGAGAAUUCCAUAUCCUUAUUGUUCUUACAUUAAAACAACUUUUCCUUUGCCUUAUACUAAAUCUCCUUUCUUCCAGUCUAAAUGUGUGACUUUGUGUUCUAUGUAGAGUCCUGUUUAUGAAUAGAUUUCCAGACAAUGGUUUGUAUUAGCCCUGCAUAUAUUUACCUAAAGCUAGCAUAUCCCCUCUGAGGUGCUGUUUUUCUAAACUAAAGAUAUUUAAAUUUGAUAACCUUUCAUUAAAACUAAAAUGCUCCAUUCCACUUAAUAAUUUAGUAUCUUUAUAUAUUAAUGUUGUAUGUAUCUGUCAUCACAUUCUAUGUUUCUAUGGGUUUUUUUAGUAGACUUCCUCUGUUCUUUUUCUUGUGUCGUAAUAUUCUUCUUUAGAACAGGUAUCCACAAUUGCACAGCAAGUUGUGGUUUUACCAGUGAUUUAUAAAGAGGCAAAAUUAUAGUUUCAUCCAAAAUGAAUGCCCCUUUUUAUACAUGACAAUGGCUUAAAGGGAUUCUCCAGUGCCAGGAAAACAUAUUUGUUCUCCAGGCACUGCAGGACCAUCUAUUGCCCCUCUACCUCCCACCCCCCCAUCCCAAGCUGCUGAAGGGGUUAAAACCCCUUUAGUGACUUACCGGAGUCCAGCGCCGAUGUCCCUCGGCACUGAGUCAGGCUCCUCCUACUUAUCUUCUAAUAUUUUACUGGCCUAUAUUUUACCAUGAUUUUGAAAUAUGGACUUAUAAUCAUGGCCUCUGUCGUAUAGCUUUAAAAAAAAAUAUUCUUGAGUGAAUUAUAAUUUUUUGUGUAAAUACAUUCUCUCUGAAAUCUGUGUUGCUGAAACUUUAGUUUGAUUUAUUUUGAUUUACUUGCUAGAAAGAAUUAAUAAAAUCUGGUUAACUUUUAAUAUUAUUCUUAUCAAUCUUCAGUGAAACAUUCUAAUGUUGGAAGUUAAUUUGUCAAAUUUGUUUAUUCUCUCCAGCAUUGCAUUCUGCAGGGAAAAAAUUAGAAAAGAAAAAUAAAGGCUGAGCCACAAGCGUAUUUAUCCAUCUUAGAGUUUACAUAAAGGCAAGACAUUCCUAAUAUCGUUCCAGAAAAAAAGUGGUGGAGAUCGAAUAAACAUAUAUUUAUUGUUAAAGCUAAAUAUUGCAGUAUUUAUGUGAAAUGCAUUGGCAACGAUGCUUUAACCACUUUGCCUCAACAUGAACUAUGUCUUUUAUUUUCUAAAUCUACCCCCCUGUGGAGAUUCAGAGCAAUGAUUAUUCACCGGAAGCUCAUGGCACGUGAACUAAUACAGCCCCUAAAUACGAAUUUAUGAAUCACUAAAUCUAAGCAAAAUCACCCAUCUCUAUGAGAAGCUUUGGAGAUCUGUCUUGAAUGCUUCUAACAUUUGAUCGGACAACCUUCAACACUACAAUAAAGGGGUGCAUCUUCAUCGGCUGCUGAGACCAGUACUGCAGCUAAUAAAAGGUAAGUUUUUAGGACUUACACAAAUAUUUGUGUACAUUUUAGUAAAUGCAUAUUUUUUUGCAAUGAUUAAAGGGGCAGGAAUACAAACGUGUGUUCCUGAACCUAUGGUGCUAAAAAUACUAUUUAGGUGGGAAAGCAUUGGAUUGUCAAUUUUGAAAAUCUCAGUCAAGGAGGCAGGGCAGGUGCAGGGGCAGGAGCCCGAGCCAAAUGCAGCACCGGUCAAUCAGCAUCUCCUCGUUGAAUCAAUGCAUCUCUAAAUGGCAAGUUCAGCGUCUUGUGCAGCACUGACCUUGGAAACAUCUCUAGUGGCCGUCUGAGUGACUGGCACUAGAGGUGUUCCUAGGCUGCAAUGUAAACACUGCCUUUUCUCUGAAAAUGCAGUGUUUACAUUAAAAAACCUUCAGGAACAAUAUAUAGAAACCAGAACAACUACAUUAAGCUGUAGAUGUUCUAGUGACUAUAGUGUCCCUUUAACUGUAACCUUCAUUACAAUUGAGCCGAUAACAUUUAUUGGCAACUUAUCAGCUCCCAUAAGCCUUUUAUCAGUUUGAAUAAAUGUAAAAAAAUGUUGCCACCUGGAUUUAACUAAGAAAAUAGGUAAGAGCCUCCUAUUGUAUAGUUACUGAAUGGACGAUUAUCUUUCAACUGGCAACAAGUUACUUAACCCCAAAUGAUGCAAUGAGUAGCUUCUCAUGGUCGUGAAAAAGAUGUUAGUUUGUUUUAAAGGGUCAAAUCAUUGACAUGCAUUAAGCAGAGAAAACAUCUAAGGAGAUUACAGAAACUACAAAAAUUGGGUUAAGAACUGUCCAACGCAUUAUUAAAAAACUGGAAGGAUAGUGGGGAACCACCAGUGAUGGGCGCAUCAGGGUAAGAAGAGCGGUAGAUGAAGUGAUGCACCCAUCAUGCCUAGUGCCUACUGUACAAGCCUGUGGGGACAGUGCUAUGAUCUGGGGUUGCUGCAGUUGGUCAGGUUCAGGUUCAGCAACAUUAUGUGCCCAAAGAAUGAGGUUAGCUGACUACCUGAAUCUACUGAAUGACCAGGUUAUUCCAUCAAUGGAUUUUUUCUUCCCUGAUGGCACAGGCAUAUUCCAAGAUGACAAUGCCAGGAUUCAUCAGCUCCAAACUGGUGGAUUGGCCACCACAGAGUCCAGACCUUAACCCCAUUGAGAAUCUUUGGGAUGUGCUAGAGAAGGCUUUGCGCAGUGGUCCAACUCUCCCAUCAUUAAUACUAGAUCAUGGUGAAAAAUGAAUGCACCACUGGACUGAAAUAAAUCUUGUGACAUUGCAGAAGCUUAUAGAAACAAUGCCACAGGGAAUGCAUGCCGUAAUCAAAGCUAAAGGUGGACAAAAUAAAUAUUAGAGUGUGUGACCUUUUUUGUGGUGGCAACUUUUUUUUUGGCCAGGUAGUGUAUAUACAUGCUUUUCUGUCAGUAAUCAUAUGAAAGGAUUAGAGAAAAGCAGAUGUGGUGACUACAUUUAAAAAGGUGUUAUUAAUACAACCUGAGAAUACAAUCUACCGAGUGUACGAAAACGCUUCUGGUUUUAGGCCUGUUUGGAUUUUAGCGCAUGGGGACUGGGUGAUGUCAUGUAUGUCAGUGAGCUCUCUUACUCAGUAAACGGGAGAACGAUCAGUAACCUCUUUCAUUACGCACAUUGUCUCAAAUUCGUUGUCUGUUUGCUUACUCCCUGGCACUAUGUUCAGAUUGCUGUGGACCUGCGAGUCCCAAAGGGCUGUCCUGUAUUGUUACUGUCUUAUUAUGCUCCUUUUCAAUAAAAAUCUACAUUUAAUAUUUAAUCAAUUAUUUUGAACAUCAACAUUAGUAGGAAGCAACAUGAUUUUGUGAAAGAAAGGUCAUGACAAACUAACUUAAUUGUGUCCUAUGAAGAAAUGAGUAGAAAUAUAGAUAGGGAUGUUCCUGUGGAUUUUAUUAACAGACACAGAGGAUCAUGAUAUGCUGCACACUUUCUUUAUUACAUAAUUAGCUAAGAAUACAAAAAUACAAUACAUAAAAAAAUUACAAAAAAUAAAGUAAAUGCAUCAUUAGCCAAUUACAGUAUGCCAAAGUUUAAGAGAGAAUAGAGCCUGUUCCAAAUUAUUAUGCAAAUGAUAUUUUUCUCAUUUACCUAAAUAAUUGAUGUAAAUAACAGUAAGCAUAAUUCUCAUGUUAUCAACUAUUAAGAGUACAAUUGUAGAUUAUGCUAGCUUUAGUGUACCUAUAAUCUUAAUUUUAUUAAUGACAGGAGGCGAGUAUUUGCUUAAGUCUCUCUUUGCUAGAACUCGACAGCAGCACAGAAAACAACCAAUCAGAAAAAAGUUAGGUACUAUAAAACUCCCCCCCCCCAUGCAUCAUUUCCUCUUUCAAGCUGCGACAAAACAGAACACAAGGCAGAAAAUAUAAUGGGAAAAAACGAAGUCCUAGAUACAAUGAAUACAACAAUGUCCACCAUCUGAAAAGAGCUGCCGAACCAGAUAGCGUUGAUGGACUGUAAACUGAAACGAGAGAAAAACAGUAUCGAACAGGUUGAUUAUCCAAUGAAAUGUACUCUGAACAAACAUGUAGAUACCCAAUGUGGCAACCAAAAUUAAUGUAAUCUAGAUCCCAACCCUAUAUAUGAAAAAAUAGACAUAAUAACAAGUGACAGGUUGCAGAGACAACAAGCAGAGUUGCAUACAUACCUGAUGAACACAAACUAUAAAGUUAAACAAGGGAGGGAUAAGAACGGGUGGGAAAUACUCGCCUCCUGUCAUUAAUAAAAUUAAGAUUAUAGGUACACUAAAGCUAGCAUAAUCUACAAUUUUAUAACAUGACAGGAGGCUUCGUAUUUGCUGUUUUAACGCUCAGCCAACAAAUCCAACGAUGAUUGUUUCGCUGGUACCUAAUCCGGAAGUUACUAGAGCCAUCCUAAACGGACCUUCCAACUGCGAGAAGUGACAGAAGACGGAUCGAUGAAGAUGCCAGCUGUCGAGGCACCUCAAAUGCGGGAAAACACUAUACGCUGUUAGAUCCAUUGUACGUGGGGUUGCGACCUGUUUCCUAGCAGCCAGACCAUGAGCUGCCAAGCUGACCUAUUAGCCAUUUUCCUGUAGGUGUAAACUGUCGAAGGUCAUUUGCGAACUUAGAGCCGUGAGAAGAAACUGCCAACAGGUCUCGACUCUUGCUGUGGACGGCGGCCCCACCGAUCGUGCCAGGUUACCAGGCAAUGUGGCCUUGCAGGUAAAUCUCCAACCUCACCUCACCAAUUCCGUCAUAGAACACAUUAGGGUCUUUUCGUUCCCUCCUGACCUACCCGGUGGGUAUUCUCAUCCAAGAAUACAUUUAUAAAGCAGGCAAGAGUGCGUCAAACUAGCCGUAUCCUAAGUGAAUCCAGUAUCCCAACUGAACUUGUGUGGUGGAAUGGUGGUCGACUAUUCUGGGGAUAGUGAAUCCCGGUAAAAUUCAGAGGGAUGGGAAACGUAAACCAGAGUUGAGAUUUCCAUCCAGAUAUGUCGUCGUCUAAGAGUGAUAAGAUAAACGGAUCCAAUGUUGAUUGAGAUCUGUAUAACAGCGAAGAGUCCUCACGUACUGUAGUGAGAGAGUGAAAUAAUCCGCUUACCCAUAGUACGAUCCUGUUCCAUGCCCGACCUGUUGAAAUUCGUGUAGGGGUUCCUGGUCUACACGCCACCUUCAAGAUAGGGUAUAACAUAGUGAGACCCCUAGGUCCCUGCAUCCAUGACUGUCCGGGCACGUAUCUCCCAGAGUAGGCCCCCGGUCAAGGGACCCAGGAAUGUGAGUUCAAUAACCGAAGUCAAGGUCUCCCUAUAGAGGGAUAUCUCUCUUCUUAGCUUGGAGUCCCGCGAACACAUAUCAUUCUCCAAUACGCAGGCAAGGCAAUACGCAGGCAAUCCCACUUGAUUGGGAAAAACUGUCUGCACAGUUUGUUGGCAAUGGUCCAGAUAUCUAAAACAGAAUGCAAUUGACUGUUUUAUAUAGUGCAGAUUAUACCAAAACCUGCACUCUUGUAUACCUGAGGCUCAUCCGUUAGCCGUACCAUCUCCAGGAGUGUAUGUAAAUAAACGGGAGUCUCCUCCCCGUUAUACCUCUGGGAGUAUUUAUUGUGUGGGGUACAGUGGUCUGGAUCCAGUAGAUCCCUUACAGAAGGUGAAAUAGAGGGAUCCAGUCUAAAUAUGUAUCCUGCCUGAUCAGGCAGCCCUCUAUAACGAAAUCGGUAGCACGGUCGUAAGAUCUAAUUGAAUGCAGGAGGGACGCCCCUCUAUGCAGUCAUCGUUGUCCUGUACAGGUACAAGCCUGUGUGAUGAACAAAUGGACGGCACCGUACUGCGUUGAGUGUAUGAGAGAGCCGCGCACUCUAAUAAUGUGA